GCUAUUCUUAACUUACCGGAGCUUGUGUUACACCUCACGUGGCGACCUGGUAAGUCGGUGGACCAGGCGCCCUCAGACGCCCUUCCGUGGGUGCUCGAGACGGUGGUGAGCUCGAGACGUGGUGUGCUCGUGGUGGUGCAGUGAAGCGCGGCUUGUCCAUCCAGGGAAGAUAUUAUAUAUUUGAGAAUUAGACGACUUUAGGCACUCACCACCAACAUGCCCGGCCACGUAAAAAAGUCCGAGGGACCCGACCCUGAUCCGACCGAAUACCUGUUCAUCUCCAGGGAGAUGAGAAUGAAAGAUCAGUCAAAACCCUAUGACGCCAAGAAAUCCUGUUGGGUUCCCCAUCCUGAGGAAGGUUUUAUUGAGGGCCUUAUCCAAGGAACUAAGGGCGAUCUUGUCACUGUAUUGGCUAACGGUGAGACCAAGAACUGGAAGAAGGAUCUUGUUGGUCAGGUCAACCCUCCCAAGUACGAGAAAUGCGAGGACAUGUCCAACUUGACCUACCUCAACGAUGCUUCCGUCCUCUACAACUUGAAGUCCCGUUAUGUUGCUCAGCUCAUCUACACCUACUCCGGUCUCUUCUGUAUUGCCGUCAACCCCUACAAGCGCUUCCCCAUCUACACCAACCGCGCAGUCAAAAUCUACCAAUGCAAGAGGCGUAAUGAAGUACCUCCCCAUCUCUUCGCUAUCGCUGACGGCGCCUACAUGAACAUGCUGCAGAGUAACGAGAACCAGUCCAUGCUUAUCACCGGUGAGUCCGGUGCCGGCAAGACUGAGAACACCAAGAAGGUACUCUCCUACUUCGCCAACGUCGGCGCCACCGAAAAGAAACCAGGCGAAGCAGUCAAGCAGAACCUGGAGGACCAGAUCAUCCAGACCAACCCUGUACUGGAAGCCUUCGGUAACGCCAAGACCACCCGUAACGACAACUCCUCCCGCUUCGGUAAGUUCAUCCGUAUCCACUUCCAACCCAAUGGCAAGCUGGCCGGUGCUGACAUUGAGGUCUACCUGCUGGAGAAGGCUCGCGUCAUCUCCCAGCAGGCUGCUGAGCGCUCCUACCAUAUCUUCUACGAGAUGAUGUCCGACCAGAUCUCGCUGAUUAAACCCCUGUGUUUCCUUAGCAACGACAUCUACGAUUAUCACUACGUGUCUCAGGGCAAGGUCACCGUCCCCUCCAUUGAUGACGGCGAAGACAUGCAGUUCUGUCACGACGCCUUCGACAUUCUUGGAUUCACAAAACAAGAAGUUUUGGAUGUCUACAAGGUGACUGCUGCAGUCAUGCACUUCGGUGAGAUGAAGUUCAAGCAGAGGGGUCGCGAGGAGCAGGCUGAGAUCGACGGCACUGAGGUUGGAGACAAAGUUGCCAAGCUUCUUGGCGUUGAAGCUGAAGACCUGUACAGGAACAUUACCAAGCCCAAGAUCAAGGUCGGCGCUGAGUUCGUGUCCAAGGGCAUGAACGUGAACCAGUGUAACUAUUCAGUUGGUGCCCUGGCCAAGGGUCUAUUCGACAGAGUAUUCAAGUUCUUGGUAUCAAAGUGUAAUGAGACCCUUGAGACUGGCAUGAAGCGUCAUUCGUUCAUCGGUGUGCUCGAUAUUGCCGGCUUCGAGAUCUUCGAUGACAACGGCUUCGAGCAGAUCUGUAUCAACUUCUGUAACGAGAAGCUGCAGCAGUUCUUCAACCAUCACAUGUUUGUGCUGGAACAGGAGGAGUACAAGAAGGAAGGUAUCAACUGGGUCUUCGUCGACUUCGGUAUGGACUUGCAAGCCUGCAUCGAGCUCUUUGAGAAGAAAAUGGGUCUACUCUCCAUUCUUGAGGAAGAGUCUAUGUUCCCCAAAGCCACUGACAAGACCUUCUCCGAGAAGUUGAACAAUAACCAUCUCGGCAAGACUCCCGUGUUCAUCAAGCCCAAACCACCCAAGGCCGGUAAUCCCGAGGGCCACUUCGCCAUUGUUCACUACGCCGGUACUGUCACUUACAACCUGACUGGCUGGCUGGAGAAGAACAAGGAUCCCCUCAACGACACCGUCGUCGACCAGCUCAAGAAAUCUUCCAACUCACUUGUCGUUACCAUCUUCGCUGACCAUCCUGGACAGUCUGGUACCGCUGAAUCUGGCGGAGGCAAAGGUGCUAAAAAAUCUGGUUCCUUCAAGACUGUGUCCUCUGGAUACAGGGACCAGUUGAAUAACCUGAUGAGAACCCUCAAUUCUACUCACCCCCACUUCAUUCGUUGCAUCGUCCCCAACGAGACGAAAACUCCUGGUAAGACAGAGGCCGGCCUUAUCAUGCAUCAGCUCACCUGUAACGGUGUGCUUGAGGGCAUCCGUAUCUGUCGUAAGGGCUUCCCCAACAGGAUGUUGUACCCUGAAUUCAAGCACCGUUACAAGAUCCUGGCCUCCAAGGAGAUGUGUGAGCAGCCCGACGAUAAGAAGGCAGCCAAGGCUUGCUUCGACAAGGCUGGGCUCGAUGCAGAGCUCUACCGCCUCGGCAACACCAAGGUAUUCUUCCGCGCUGGUGUCCUGGGUACCCUGGAAGAGAUCCGUGAAGACCGUGUGGGCUUGUUGACGACAUGGCUGCAGUCGUGGAUCCGAGGCUUCAAGAGCCGCAAAUACUACAAGAAACUCCAGGACCAGCGUGUUGCUCUCCUUGUUGUCCAGCGCAACCUGAGGAAAUACAAGCUAAUGCACGCCUGGCUUUGGUACAGCCUCUGGCAAUCAAUUAAGCCCCGUCUCAACGUCACUCGCGCUGAUGAUGAGAUCGAUGCCCUCGAAUCGCAGGCUAACAAAUGUUUGGCAGAAUUCGAAAAGGAAUCCAAGGCUCGCAAAGAACUGGAAGCUACAUACAGUAGUCUUGUGGAGGAGAAGAAUUCUCUUGCGCUGGCUCUCGACUCAAGCAAGAGUGGCAUGUCCGACUUCCUCGAGAAAACAGCCAAACUUGAGAGUCAAAAGGCAGACCUACAAGCUCAGUUGAACGAAGUCACUGAACGCCUCCGUAAGGAAGAAGAAACCCGUAAUCAACUCUCACAGGGAAAGAAAAAAAUGGAACAGGAGCUUGGAAACCUGAAGAAGGAUCUUGAGGAUAUCGAAGUAGCACUCCAAAAGGCUGAACAAGACAAGGCCACCAAGGACCAACAGAUUCACACCCUCAAUGAAGAAGUCAGCCACCAGGAAGAGCUCAUCAACAAAGUUAACAAGGAGAAAAAACAACUCCAAGAAUGUAAUCAGAAGACUGCCGAAGACUAUCAGAGCAUCGAAGAUAAAUGUAAUCACUACACCAACUUGAAGUCAAAGCUCGAACAGACUCUUGAUGAACUCGAGGAUUCUCUUGAACGCGAAAAGAAACUUCGCAGUGACGUUGAGAAGGCUAAGAGGAAGGUUGAAGGUGAUCUUAAACUUACCCAGGAAGCUAUUUCUGAUCUGGAACGAAAUCAUAAGGACCUUGAGAGUACUAUCCAUCGCAAGGAUAAGGAAUAUUCUGCUUUAAUUGCCAAGGUUGAGGAGGAGCAGUCUCAGUAUCUCAAGGUACAAAGGCAAAUCAGAGAACAGCAAUCCCGAGUGGAGGAACUUGAAGCAGAGGUUGAGCACGAGCACCAAGCCCGCGCUAAGGUUGAAAAAGCUAAAGUAAGUCUGGCUCGCGAGCUUUCAGAACUUGGAGAUCGUCUGGAUGAGGCUGGUGGAGCCACAGCAGCCCAGAUCGAGCUGAAUAAGAAGCGUGAAAGUGAACUGUCUAAGCUUCGUCAUGAUCUUGAGGAAACCAACUUGCAGCACGAGUCUGCUGUCAGUCUUCUUCGCAAGAAGCAUAAUGAUGCCAUCUCAGAAUUGUCUGAACAGAUCGAGCAUCUCAACAAGAUGAAGGCCAGGCUGGAGAAGGACAAGGACACCCUAAAACGUGAUUCAGAGGACGCUAAAGCAGCCUACGACGCCAUUUUCCGCGAUAAGAACGCAGCAGAGAAGACUGCCAAGCAGAUUCAGCAGCAAGCGGCUGAAAUCCACGCCAGGAUUGACGAAUCCAACAGAACACUCAGUGAAUAUGAUGCCACUAAGAAAAAGCUUGCUACUGAGAACGCAGACCUUGUGCGUCAACUGGAGGAAGCUGAGAGCCAGAUUGGUCAGCUGUCCAAGCUGAAACUGUCCCUCACUAAUCAGCUCGAGGACAACCGAAAACUCGCAGACGAAGAAAGCAGGGAGCGGGCAACUCUCCUGGGCAAAUACCGCAACCUGGAGCACGACAUCCAGAGUCUUCGCGAGCAGCUCGAUGUUGAGAGCGAAGCUAAGGGCGAUGUCCAGCGAUUGCUUUCUAAGGCUAACGCCGAUGCACAAGUGUGGCGCUCGAAAUAUGAAUCGGAAGGUGUUGCACGUUCUGAAGAGCUUGAGGCUGCUCGUUUGAAGCUCGCUGCCCGUCUGGAUGAAGCAGAAUCACAAAUCGAACAGCUCAAUGUCAAAAACUUGAGUCUUGAGAAAUCUAAACAGAAAUUGCUCUCUGAUUACGAAGAGGCUCAGAUUUCAGCUGAACGAGUACAAACUCUAGCCUCAGCCACCGAAAAGAAGCAGAGGAACUUUGACAAGAUCAUUGCUGAAUGGAAGCUGAAGGUUGAUGACCUUGCUGCUGACCUCGAUGCAUCUCAGAAGGAGGCACGUAACUACUCUUCUGAACAUUUCCGUAUCAAGGCUGCUUACGAGGAGAAUCUGGAACACUUUGAUGCUGCCCGUCGUGAGAACAAGAACCUUUCUGAUGAAAUCAAGGACUUACUGGACCAGAUCACUGAAGGUGGGCGAUCAUACCACGAACUAGAGAAGCAUUCCAAGAGGCUUGAGGUUGAGAAGGACGAACUCCAGGCUGCUCUUGAGGAGGCUGAAGCCGCCCUGGAACAAGAAGAAAACAAGGUGCUUCGUGGUCAACUUGAGCUCAGUCAAGUCAGGCAGGAGAUUGAUAGGCGCAUUCAGGAGAAGGAGGAAGAGUUUGACAAUACUCGAAAAUGCCACCAACAAGCCAUGGAUUCUAUGCAAGCAUCUCUUGAAUCCGAGGCUAAGGCAAAGGCUGAAGCUCUUCGUUUGAAGAAAAAGCUGGAGUCUGACAUCAACGAGCUCGAAAUUGCUCUUGACCAUUCCAAUAAGGCAUACGUUGAUCUGCAAAAGAGUCUCAAGAAGCUUCAAAGUGAUUACAAGGAUGCCCAGCUGAAGGUCGAGGAAGAACAACGGGUUGCUUCGGAGUACCGCGAACAGUACGGUAUUUCGGAACGCCGAGCUAAUGCUAUCCACGGAGAGCUGGAAGAAACUCGCACUCUCAUUGAACAGUCGGACCGCGGCCGUCGUCAAGCGGAGACCGAGGUUCAUGAAGCUCGUGAGCAACACAGCUCUCUCUACGAACAGUAUAACAGCGUGAUCGUUGGAAAGAGGAAGUUGGAGAGUGAGACCCAGACUCUUCAGGCCGACUACGAAGAGUUGUUGAAUGAAGCCAGGAACUCUGAGGACAAGGCCAAGAAGGCCAUGCUUGACGCCGCCCGCCUCGCUGAUGAACUCCGAGCUGAGCAGGAACACGCCCAGAAUCUCGAGAAGGUGCGCAAGGGACUGGAAGUUACUCACAAGGGACUCCAGGUCAAGUACGAGGAGAGUCAGACCACAGCCCAGAAGUCAGUGAAGAAGUCUGUAGGCAAGCUGGAAGUCCGCGUUCGUGAACUGGAAAGCUCAGUGGAUGACGAAUCCCGCCGCCACUCUGAUGCCCAGAAGAACCUGAGGAAGUGCGAGAGACGCAUCAAGGAGCUCACCUUCCAGUCCGAUGAGGACAAGAAGAACCACGAUAAGAUGCAGGACCUUGUUGACAAGCUGCAACAGAAGAUCAAAACCUACAAGCGCCAGAUCGAGGAGGCCGAGGAGAUCGCCGCCCUGAACUUGGCCAAAUACCGCAAGGUUCAGCAGGAGUUAGAAGGUGUGACAACAGUGAGCCACAUUUCUCACAGUUCUAUCGUCCGCUCACAUGUUGUUGAGAUAAUUGAAGGAUAAACUCAAUAUCACUAAGAUAAUGAACCAAGUGCUGUAAACCCUUCUCUCAAUCCUGUCAAUUAAAACAUAUGCAAUUGGAUA